UGGGCCCGCGCCGGCGGCGGUGACAGGUGCGCGCAGCAGCGCGGCGCUCGGCCGGCCCGCCCCCUCCGGGGCUCGGGAUGCGCUGCGGGCCCCGGCGGAGCGGCUCGGAUCGCUGCCGGAGAGCGGCCGCCGCCCCUGAGGGCGCCGCGGCGGGUCUGAGGCGCCGUCAUGAACCUGCACCAGGUGCUGACGGGGGCCGUGAACCCCGGCGACCACUGCUUCUCCGUGGGCAGCGUCGGCGACCAGCGCUUCACGGCUUAUGCAUCUGGAUGUGACAUUGUAAUACUGGGAAGUGAUUUUGAAAGAUUACAAAUAAUACCAGGAGCUAAACAUGGAAAUAUUCAAGUAGGAUGUGUAGACUGUUCAAUGCAGCAAGGCAAGAUUGCAGCAUCCUAUGGAAACAUCAUCUCUAUUUUUGAACCAGUUAACAUACCAAAACAAAAGAAAAAUUUGGAAUUAUAUAGUCAGUGGCAGAAAAGUGGCCAAUUUUUUCUGGAGUCAAUAGCACACAAUAUAACUUGGGAUCCCACAGGCAAUCGUCUUCUAACUGGUUCCAGCUGUUUACAACUCUGGUCCAACAUUAACUUGGAGAAGCCAACUGAAGAAGAAAAUCCAGAUAAAACAGAUCUUGAUUUUGGGGAUUGGAGAUGCAUUUGGCAUUGCAAAACGGCUUCCCAAGUUCAUUUAAUGAAAUUUUCACCAGAUGGAGAAUUUUUUGCCACUGCUGGGAAGGAUGAUUGUCUUUUAAAGGUAUGGUACAAUGUGGAAACCUGGCGAACAUCUGUUACCUCUCCAGAUACAAGUUCAGAAAAACAAUCCCAAGGAGAAAUCGACUUUUCUUUUGUUUAUCUGGCACAUCCUCGAGCUGUAAAUGGGUUUUCCUGGCGUAAAACGAGCAAAUACAUGCCUAGGGCUUCGGUAUGUAAUGUACUGUUGACCUGCUGCAAAGAUAAUGUGUGUCGUCUCUGGGUGGAGACAUUUUUACCAAAUGAUUGUUUGCUGUAUGGAGGUGACUGCAGCCAUUGGACUGAGCCAGUUAAUUUAACAAAUAACUUCAAGAGGAAUGCUUCUAAUAAAGAGCGAGUUCAAAAUGCUAUAGAAGUAAAUCUGAGACACUUUCGUAGAGGUCAUAGGAAAUCACUUGCAUUGGUAGCCAAUACCGGAUAUCUGCCCCAUCAGCAGGAUCCACAUCUUGUCCACAGGAACACUCCACUGCAUGCCAAUGCACUUUGCCACUUUCAUAUUGCAGCCAGCAUCAAUCCAGCCACAGACAUUCCACUUCUCCCAUCUAUUACAUCUCUGAGUUUAAGUGAAAAUGAAGAGAAGAGGGGACCUUUUGUGGUACACUGGCUAAACAAUAAAGAGCUGCAUUUUACUUUGUCCAUGGAAGUGUUUUUACAGCAACUUAGAAAAAGUUGUGAACAGCCAUCUUCUGAGGCCAGUGGAGAGGACUGUAAUCAGACAGAUGUAAAAUCUGAUGAAGAAAUGGAUGAUGAUGUUGAUGAUGUGAAAAUAAAUCAUGAAAAGAAGGAAUCAGGCAGUGAUAAAAUGGUACCAAACUUAAGUUUUGCACCAUUACCGUCAGCUGCCAUUGAUCAUCAGAUCGAAAUACUUCUGUCUGAGUGGAGUAAAAAUGCUGACAUGCUUUUCAGUAUACAUCCCAUGGAUGGUUCCUUGCUAGUUUGGCAUGUGGAUUGGCUGGAUGAAUACCAGCCUGGAAUGUUUCGUCAAGUGCAGGUGUCGUUUGUUUCCAGAAUACCUGUAGCUUUUCCCACAGGUGAUGCAAACUCUCUCUGUAAAAGCAUAGUGAUGUAUGCGUGUACCAAGAAUGUUGACUUGGCUAUUCAACAAGGGAAGCAGAAACCUUCUGGCCUCACUCGCUCCACAUCAAUGCUUAUCUCUUCUGGUCACAAUAAAUCAUCAAAUAGUUUAAAAUUAAGUAUUUUUACUCCUAAUGUUAUGAUGAUUUCAAAACACGAUGAUGGGUCUCUGAACCAAUGGCUGGUUAGUUUUGCUGAAGAAUCCGCUUUUUCUACAGUUCUCAGUAUUUCCCACAAAUCCAGAUAUUGUGGCCAUCGCUUUCAUCUGAAUGAUUUAGCUUGCCAUUCAGUAUUACCAUUAUUACUGACAACAUCCCAUCAUAAUGCGUUAAGGACGCCAGAUGUCGAUAACCCAAAGCAACCUUAUGCUGUAAAUAUUGAAGAGUGUUCUUUGACACAACAAAAUAAAAGCACUGUUGAUAUGGCAUUCCAGGAUCCCAAUGCAGUUUAUAGUGAACUUAUUCUUUGGAGGGUAGAUCCAGUUGGGCCAUUGUCUUUUUCUGGAGGAGUUUCUGAACUUGCCCGGAUAAACUCUCUGCAUGUUUCUGCCUUUUCCAAUGUGGCAUGGCUGCCCACUCUUAUACCCAGUUACUGUCUAGGUGCAUACUGCAACUCUCCUAGUGCAUGCUUUGUAGCAAGUGAUGGACAGUAUCUGAGAUUAUAUGAAGCAGUCAUUGAUGCUAAGAAACUUUUAUGUGAACUUUCCAACCCUGAAAUUUCUAGGUUUGUUGGUGAAGUAUUUAACAUUGUUAGUCAACAAUCAACAGCCAGGCCAGGAUGUAUCAUUGCUUUAGAUCCCAUAACCAAACUUCAUGGCAGAAAAACCCAGCUGCUUCAUGUUUUCCAAGAAGACUUCAUUUUGAAUAACCUUGAGAAGAAAAGUCUGGGAAAAGAUAGCAUUUUGUCUGAUGCAGGCAGCUCACCUAAAGGAUUUUCUGAAAAAUUCUACCUAGUUGUAAUAGAGUGUACUCAAGAGAACCGUUCACUGUUACACAUGUGGAAUUUACAUUUAAAGUCAGUUCCUGUCUCAUUGGAUGAAAAAGUAGAUAAAAAAAAAUCUGAAGCAGUUUGGCAGCCAGAAGAUCACUAUUCACCUUCUCCAGAGAAGAUCCCGUCUCCUUUUUCACAGAAGUAUCAGGCUUGCAGAGCAAAUCUCCAGAGCACCAGCAAGUUAACUCUGUUUUCAGAGAUGGUGUAUAGCCAGGAGCUGGAUUUGCCAGAAGGAGUUGAGAUAAUCAGCGUGAAGCCAUCAGCAGGACAUCUGAGUUCUUCUUCCAUAUAUCCUGCAUGCAGUGCUCCUUACUUAUUGGCAACUUCCUGCUCAGAUGAGAAAGUAAGAUUUUGGAGAUGCAGGGUAACAAAAGGAGAAUCUGCCACAUCAAAGAAUGAAAACCUGGAUCUUGUGUAUGUUUGGGAAGAAUGGCCAUUACUAAUUGAAGAUGGACUUCAGACCAAUAGUAGUUUAACUGUACCUGGUAGGCCUGUAGAAGUGAGCUGUGCACACACAAAUCGUUUAGCGGUAGCUUACAAGCAGCCUACAUCUAGCAGUAGGUCAUCUCAGGAUUUUGUGAUGCAUGUAAGUAUUUUUGAAUGUGAGUCCACAGGAGGUUCAUGUUGGGUCCUUGAACAGACAAUUCAUUUAGAUGAGUUAAGCACAGUGUUGGAUUCUGGCAUUAGUAUUGAUAGCAAUUUAGUAGCCUAUAAUAAACAAGAGGCAUAUUUAUUCAGUAAAGAGAGUAUUGCAUUAAACACAAAGCAUUUAGUUCACUUAGAUUGGAUGUCUAGAGAAGAUGGGUCUCAUAUCCUGACUGUAGGAAUUGGAUCAAAACUUUUUAUGUAUGGACCCCUGGCUGGCAAGGUCCAAGAACAGAGUGGUAAGGAAAGCCUGGCCUUUCCUCUCUGGGAGAGCACUAGAGUUGUGCCUCUUUCCAAAUUUGUGCUUUUACGAAGUGUGGACUUGGUUUCUUCUGUAGAAGGCUCCCCACCUUUUCCUGUUUCCUUAUCGUGGGUACGGGACGGCAUCCUUGUGGUAGGAAUGGAUUGUGAAAUGCAUGUAUAUUCCCAGUGGCAACCAUCUUCCAAGCAAGAACCUGUUGUAACAGAUUCAUUCAGUGGGAGCACUCCUUCUAUAAUAAGUUUAAUAAAACAGAGUAACUCAUCCAGUUCUGGGUUACAUCCUCCAAAAAAAACUCUGACUCGAUCUAUGACCAGUCUUGCCCAGAAGAUCUGUGGAAAGAAAACGGCAUUCGAUCCUUCAGUGGAUAUGGAAGAUUCAGGUCUUUUUGAAGCAGCUCAUGUUCUUUCCCCAACUUUACCUCAGUACCACCCUCUGCAGCUUUUGGAACUCAUGGACCUUGGCAGAGUUCGGAGAGCAAAGGCCAUUUUGUCACACCUUGUCAAGUGCAUUGCUGGGGAAGUCGUGGCUCUGAAUGAGGCUGAAUCCAAUCAUGAACGCCGCCUCAGGUCUCUCACCAUCAGUGCUAGUGGGAGCACCAGCAGAGACCCCCAGGCAUUUAACAAGGCUGAAAAUACGGACUACACAGAAAUAGAUUCUGUGCCCCCACUUCCUCUGUAUGCCUUACUUGCAGCGGAUGAUGAUAGCUGCCACUCAUCUUUGGAUAAGUCUAGUAAUGAGAAUACCUUAAAUAAAUCCAACCAAUUGUCAAAAGAAAGUUAUGAUGAGCUUUUUCAGACCCCAGCUCUAAUGACUGAUACUGAUGUAUUAGAGACAGAUGAAGAAAACAUGAAGCCCAAAGUCAUUGACCUUUCACAAUACAGUCCAAAUUACUUUGGUCCUGAGCAUGCCCGGGUUCUUUCUGGACACUUACUGCACUCUAGUUUGCCAGGACUCACUCGGAUGGAACAGAUGUCCCUGAUGGCCGUAGCAGAUACAAUUGCAACCACGAGCACUGACAUUGGAGAAAGCAGAGACAGAAGCCAAGGUGGAGAAACUCUUGAUGAAUGUGGGUUAAAGUUUCUGUUGGCUGUGCGACUCCAUACGUUUCUUACAACUUCCCUUCCAGCAUAUCGAGCUCAACUCGUUCACCAAGGCCUGUCUACUUGUCACUUUGCUUGGGCAUUUCACUCAGUAGCAGAAGAAGAACUGUUGAACAUGUUGCCUGCAAUGCAGAGAGAUGAUCCCACUUGGUCUGAGCUAAGAGCUAUGGGUGUGGGGUGGUGGGUCCGCAAUACCCGCAUCUUACGCAGAUGCAUAGAAAAAGUAGCCAAAGCAGCCUUUUAUAGAAAGAAUGAUCCUUUAGAUGCUGCUAUUUUUUACCUUGCAAUGAAAAAGAAAGCUGUGAUUUGGGGAUUAUAUAGAUCUCAAAAAGACACCAAGAUGACACAGUUUUUUGGACACAAUUUUGAGGAUGAGAGGUGGCGUAAAGCAGCUUUAAAGAAUGCUUUUUCUUUGCUGGGCAAACAACGGUUUGAACAUUCUGCAGCGUUUUUUCUUUUAGCUGGUUGCCUCAGAGAUGCAGUUGAGGUAUGUCUUGAGAAACUGAACGACAUUCAGUUAGCUCUUGUGAUAGCAAGGCUCUAUGAGUCCGAGUUUGAUACAUCUUCAACAUAUAAAUCCAUCUUAUGCAAAAAGGUUUUAGGAAUUGAUUCUUCUGUCACUGAGUUCAGUUCAGUAAACAUGAAUAUGCAUUGUGAUCCUUUUCUUCGGAGUAUGGCUUGUUGGAUUUUGGAAGAUUAUAGUGGUGCUCUGGAAACCUUAAUAAGGCAACCUGUUAGAGAGGAUGAUGAUCAAGUCAUGACAUCAGCCUGCAAUCCUGCAGUUUUUAAUUUUUACAAUUAUCUAAGAACACAUCCUCUUUUGCUGAGACGUCAUUUUGGAUCAUCUGAUACGUUUCCCACACACAUGAGUUUAACAGGAAAGAGUGGACUGGCAGGAACAAUUAGUUUAAGUGAAAGAAGACUAUUUUUUACUACUGCCAGUGCUCAUUUAAAGGCCGGCUGCCCCAUGUUGGCCCUGGAAGUCUUAUCGAAGAUGCCCAAGGUCAUCACGAAGACAAAAGCAUUUUAUAAAGCAUCUAGUUUUCUGGACACGGGUAGAGGUUCUUCUCCACUAAAAUUGGAUGCAGAGGAAGAUAAGUCUUCUGCUGUUGAUUGGUCAGAGUCAUUGAUAAAUGGUUUUGGGUCCUCGUCAGAGGGUUCAUCAGAGAAACAGUCCAACUCAGCACUUUCUUUUGACUGGAGCCAACCAAGUGUCAUAUUUCAGGACGACUCUUUAGAGUUAAAAUGGGACAGUGAUAACGAUGAAGAAAAUGAAGACCUCCCUCUUUCAAUGAAAGAACUAAAACCUUUACAGAGAAAGAUAGAUAAAAAAUUGGAGGAAGUAAGUUCCAGUUACACAGAAUCUUUCAGCACAAUUAAUGAAAAUGAUAUUUUAGAUCCAUCAGAAGAUAUAAUUGCAGUCCAGUUAAAAUUUAGAGCAUGUUUAAAGAUUCUCACAGUAGAACUUCGUACUUUAUCUACUGGUUAUGAAAUAGAUGGUGGAAAAUUGCGUUACCAACUAUACCACUGGCUUGAAAAAGAAGUGAUAGCUCUUCAGAGGACUUGUGACUUUUGCUCAGAUGUGGAAGAGCCACCGUCUGCAUUAGGCAAAAGUGGAGGUGAAUUCGGAUUAAAUGAGGACACUGAAGAUUUGCUUCACCAAGCAAAAGGGAAACAAUUGAGAGAAAAUUUUCAGGAAAAAAGGCAGUGGCUCUUGAAAUAUCAGUCUCUCUUGAGGAUGUUUCUUAGUUACUGUGUACUUCAUGGAUCCCAUGGUGGGGGUCUUGCGUCUGUGAGAAUGGAAUUGAUUCUUCUUUUACAAGAAUCUCAGCAGGAAACAUCAGAACCACUGUUUACUAGCCCUCUGUCAGAGCAAACCUCGGUGCCUCUCCUCUUUGCUUGUACAGCCAGUGCCAAAACAGUAGUUGCCAAUCCAUUGUUACACCUUAGUAAUCUAACUCAUGAUAUCCUGCAUGCCAUAAUAAGCUUUGAAUCACCACCCCAUCCUGAUCUCCAGAGCAAUAAAGUGUAUGUAAUGCACACUUUGGCAGCCUCACUUUCUGCUUGUAUUUAUCAGUGUCUUUGUGGUAGUCAUAACUACAGUUCAUUACAAACAAAUCAGUUUACUGGAAUGGUGUAUCAGACAGUAUUGCUUCCUCAUCGACAUUCUUUGAAAACAGGAAGCUUAGAUGAAGCAAUAACUCCCAAUACAUCACCAGCUCAAUGGCCAGGAAUAACUUGUCUAAUUCGACUUUUGAAUUCUUCGGGUGAAGAAGCCCAGUCAGGGCUUACAGUAUUACUCUGUGAGAUUCUCACAGCCGUGUAUCUGAGUCUCUUCAUCCAUGGCCUGGCAACACAUUCCAGUAAUGAACUGUUUCGGAUUGUGGCCCAUCCUCUAAAUGAAAAAAUGUGGUCUGCUAUAUUUGGUGGAGGUGCACAUGUUCCUAGCAAAGAACAGACAGACUCAAAAACUUUACCUGGAAGGCACUUUGCUAUGCCUAGUCCUCACCAGGUAGUGGUAUUCUCCAUGGAGUGUGUGGGCUUUUCCAAAGCUCUCUCAGCCAUCAGUUCUCAUAGUCCUACCAGUCCUGCAGUUUCUUCACUAGUUGAAGAAGGAGAAAAACAGAACAAACGUUUCAGGCCAUCAAACAUGUCUUGCAGAGCAUCUGCCCCACUGAACCCUUCCUCGCCGCCAGGAAGCCGGGAGUCGCUGACGGUCAGGGAGAAGUUCAUCCCGCCUGAGCUCAGUAUCUGGGACUAUUUCAUAGCCAAGCCUUUUCUACCCCCUUCCCAAAGUAGAGCAGAAUAUGACUCAGAGGAGAGUAUGGAAAGUGGUGAUGAUGAUGAUGACGAUGAUAUUUCAGCUUCAGAUUUUCAUCUCCAGGAGCAUUCUAAUUCAAAUUCAUAUAGCUGGUCACUGAUGCGAUUGGCCAUGGUACAAUUGGUGCUGAACAAUCUGAAGACUUUUUAUCCCUUUGCAGGCCAUGAUCUUGCAGAACUUCCAGUUAGUUCACCUCUUUGUCACGCGGUUCUAAAAACUCUUCAGUGUUGGGAACAAGUUCUUUUCCGACGCCUUGAAAUCUAUGGUGGGCCACCUCAAAACUAUAUUGCAAGUCAUACCUCUGAAGAGGGUUUAUCUGCAGGUCCUGCAAUUCUUCGCCACAAAGCUUUGUUGGAACCUACAAACACUCCUUUCAAAUCCAGACACCACCUGGCACUGUCUGUGAAGAGACUUUGGCAGUAUUUGGUGAAGCAGGAAGGAAUUCAGGAAACCUUUAUCAGAAAUAUAUUCACAAAGAAACGAUGUCUGAAUGAGUCAUUAGAGGACAGCAGUGAAAUCAUCAAAAAUUCUAUGAUGGAGGAGCCAAACAUCAAUAAGAUAGAAGCAGAUUUGGGGUAUCCUGGAGGUAAAGCAAGAAUUAUUCAUAAGGAAUCUGAUAUCAUUACUGCAUUUGCUGUUAAUAAAGCAAAUAGAAACUGCAUAGCAAUUGCUUCUAGUCAUGAUGUGCAAGAACUGGAUGUUUCCGGAAUUCUAGCUACGCAGAUCUAUACUUGGGUAGAUGAUGAUAUAGAGAUGGAAACCAAAAGCUCAGAAGAGUUUCUGGUUAUCCAUGCCCAUGAUGAUUUAGCAGCUGUUCAAGGUACCACCCCUUACACGCAUAGCAAUCCUGGCACUCCCAUCAACAUGCCCUGGCUUGGGAGCACCCAGACUGGCAGAGGAGCAUCUGUGGAUUAUUCCAAUAAAUUUAAUGGGAUCAGAAAAGAAUUGGCAAGAAAGGAGAUGAUUAAGAAGGCCAUUAAUAAUGUCAGAAGAAUGACUUCUCAUCCAACUCUUCCUUACUAUCUGACAGGAGCUCAAGAUGGAAGUGUCAGAAUGUUUGAAUGGGGCCAUUCUCAACAAAUAACCUGUUUCCGAGCUGGUGGCAAUGCAAGAGUUACAAGAAUGAGAUUUAAUUAUCAAGGAAAUAAGUUUGGAAUAGUUGAUGCCGAUGGAUAUUUAAGUUUGUAUCAGACAAACUGGAAAUGUUGUCCAGUUACUGGAAGCAUGCCCAAACCAUACCUGACUUGGCAGUGUCAUAACAAAACAGCCAAUGAUUUUGUCUUUGUGAGUUCCUCUUCCCUGAUAGCUACAGCUGGUCUUUCAACCGACAAUAGAAAUAUAUGUUUGUGGGAUACUCUUGUAGCACCAGCCAAUAGCUUAGUCCAUGCUUUUACCUGCCAUGACAGUGGAGCCACAGUUUUAGCGUAUGCUCCAAAACACCAGCUGCUCAUAUCAGGAGGAAGAAAAGGUUUUACGUGUGUGUUCGACCUUCGCCAGCGACAGCAGAGGCAGCUUUUCCAGAGCCACGAUUCUCCUGUGAAGGCCAUUGCUGUUGACCCAACUGAAGAAUACUUUGUUACAGGAUCUGCCGAGGGCAACAUCAAGAUUUGGAGUCUGUCUACCUUUAGUCUUCUCCACACUUUUAUCAAUGAACAUGCCCGGCAGUCCAUUUUUAGGAAUAUUGGAACUGGAGUGAUGCAAAUUGAAACAGGGCCAGCAAAUCACAUUUUCUCCUGUGGAGCUGAUGGGACAAUGAAAAUGAGAAUACUGCCGGAUCAGUUCAGCCCUUUAAAUGAAGUGCUGAAAAAUGAUGUGAAAUUGAUGCUGUAACAUUUUCACAAUAAGCAAUUCAAAGAGGACUUCUCUGGACAGUUUUUCUGCUCCUUGCGGCACUGACUGGAAUCAUUCUGCCGCAGUGCUCAGCAGGCAGAUUCAUCACGUGCCUUGGUGGUGGGCGUGACCAGAAGACUGGGCACAGGCAGGCUCUCCCUGUUGGCAUGUAAGUUCAAGGCCUUUCCCACAGGGCCCCUUAACAAGUCCAGACUCUGGCAUGAUGGGUUUGGGCUCUUAAAGUGCGUGUUCUGAUAGCUGAAGGUGCCAGCCUAUUAAGGGCAGGCCUAGAAACUUGGACAGUGUUAUUUCUGUCAUAGUCUGUUGGCCAAAAAGCUGAAAGAGCCCAUCCAGAAUCAAGGGGGUGGGAGGAGGGCAGAGACCUGUAAGGGGAGAAGUAUCAAAGAACUCAGUCCAUUCACAAUCUGCAGCAGUUCAGCCUCUGCCCAUUAAUUACGUCCCUCCCACAUGCAGCAGAGUGCCCUCCCUCGCAGACACUCGAGUCGUUUCAUCCCGUUACAGCAUCGAGCAGGAUCAGGCUCGAGCCCUGGAGCCUCUCAUUUAAGCUGGGGCCAGGUGUCAGGCUGUUUAAUGGGGAUUCUUAAGUAUGACGUUGCUCAGUUGGAAGACCUCUGAACUAAGGAGGCAAGUGAUGUGCCUCCCACACGCUAGGCACAGUGGUGAGACAGACAGAGCCAUCUCAUUCGAAAAGCACAAAGGGACUGGCACUGUAAGUCAAGCCUCCUCCUGUGGUGCCAGCAUCCCAUUUAGGCCCCAGUUCAAGUCCCGGGUGCUCUACUUCCUAUCCAGCUCCCUGCUGAUGGCCUGGGAAAGCUGUAGAAGAUAGCUCAAGGGGUUAACGCCCUGGCCUGUAGUGCCAGCAUCCCAUAUGGGUGUCGGUUCAAGACUCGGCUGCUCCACUUCUGAUCCAGCUCUCUGCUGUGGCCUGGGAAAGCAGUAGAAGAUGGCCCACGUCCUUGGGCCCCUGCACCUGCGUGGGAGACCCAGAAGAAGCUCCUGGCUCCUGGCUUCGGAUCGGCCUAGCUUCAGCCAUUGCAGCCAUCUGGGGAGUGAACCAGUGGUUGAAAGACCUCUCCCUCUCUCUCUCCCUCCCUCCCCUCACACCUCUCUGUCUGUAACUGUGCUUCCCAAAUAAACAAAUCUUUAAAAAGAAAAGCAUAAAGUAAGCGUAGCAAUCCUGGGCCCACAGACCUGAAAUUUAGGUAGGCUUAUGUCUCCUGCUGCUUGAAUAAUCCUGAAAGUAGUCCCAUACACCUCCUGGCUCCAUGAGCAGGCCCCCUCUUACCUCUGAGUCAUCCUUUUCCAUGAAUGUGGCUGUAUUUGCAACUGGGUCAUGUUCUCUGGGUAUUUCUUCACAGGAGACAUGUGGAAGCCUCUCUACAUUUUGUGCUGUACCAGGCCUCUAUGGCUCAAUCUAGUAAAACUCUUAAAAACUCUUGGGUUUCUUACAUACCCCAUUAGAAAGCUCUUGCUGCAGGCUGGAUAUGUCUUGAGUAUGUCCCCCCAAAGUCCCCCUGCAGGAAUCUUUUCCCAGGGUGGUAGUGUUGUAGGGGUGGGGCCUAGUGGGAGGUAUCUGUUAGGUUAUGGGGGCACUGCCCAGAAAACGGAGUAAGCUAGUUCCCAUGAUUCCCUGGCUAGUUCCUGUGAGAAGGAAUUGCUUUGAGAAAGCAAGGCACCUGACUAGCUCUGGCUUCUGUCUUGCCAUGUGAUUGCUCCCUCUUGCCUACACUCCUGUCAUGAUGCAGCCACCACGCUGUGAUGAAGUGAGAAGGCCUCUCCGGGGCGGAGCAGACUGAGGCACUGUGGUCUUUAUAAACUCCCAGACCAUAAGCUACAUAAACUCCUCUCCUUUACAGAUUACAUAUUUUGUUAUGGCAAUGGAAAACAGACUAAGACACCACUCCACUAGAGAAAAGCCAUAGCC